AUGACAACUCCCAAAAUCAGCGCCUCGCAAGAACGUGAAGUUAACAACCAAUACAUCUCCAACGACCCCCAGUCAAAAGAUGUCGGACCGCGAUCGUGCCCAGAUCCGGUGCUUACAGCUUUUGCCCAGAUGGGAACUCUGAAACUAAAUGCGCAGCGAGCAAUCAUUUCGCUCUUCGGCCGGGACAAUCAAUACGUCCUAGCCGAAGCCACGCGAACACUCAGUCUGCAGGACGAUGCCGACCACGACCCAGGGGAUGCGCUGUGGAUAGGGUGCUGUCAGUUAGACUACGAGCGGAGCUUCUGCAAGUACGUUUUCGACCUGUUUACUUCCGGCGACUGGCCGGGGAAGAUUGUCAUGAUGGUACCGAAUCUCAAACAGGAUGCUCGCUUUGCUCAGUCUUGUGAUAUCCAGGGGUUCCCCUACGCGCGCUUUUUCACUUCGGUUCCGAUUAUAUCCCCAAAGGGGGUUGUUAUUGGGGCGUAUACCGUUCUGGAUAAGAAACCUCGGACGGCGCUGGACCCUAAAUUCGCCAAGUUCCUUGGAGACAUGUCAAAAACGGUGAUGGACUAUUUACAAAUGACACGAUUAAGAUCCCAGCAUCACCGGGCCGAACGCAUGAUGGUAGGGAUCGGGAACUUCCUCGAAGGGAAGAGAAAUCUAUGCAACUCCCGGUUGGGAUCCCGGCGGAAAGGACGAACAGCGUCCGAAGACCAAGAUGCGAUGCAAGGGCAGAUCAACCUAGCACAGCAAACAAAGCAUGUGGAUCAUGAGAAAGCGCAAGCAGCCAAAGCUACCAAAGAGAAACCUGCCGCUCACUAUCUGCGACCGUCGACCAAGCCCGAAAUGGAAGCUUCAUCAGAUGGGGGCAGUACUACUGAUUCUCUCUCCGGACAGGUAGCAGAUGCUUUUUCUCGUGCGGCCAAUAUCGCUCGCGAAGCUAUCGAAGUGGAAGGGGUCGCCUAUUUCGAUGCAAAUUUCGGUUCUUACGGUUCGUUAGUUGGUCUUUCACGGUCUGAUUCGGAAUUCAGCGGGUCAGAAAGUUCUACUCUAGGCGACACUGCUCCAAAAAAUGAUUCACACGAUUCAGAAAAAUGGACAAAAUCAUCUGAUAUACUCGCAUAUUCGACAAGCAUGUCAUCCAGCGUCAAUCGCGAAUCUGUCGACAAUAGAGCUCUGGCAAUAUCAGAGACUCUCUUAAAGGGUCUUCUACAUCGGUAUCCGCGAGGCAAGGUCUUCAACUUCUCAGAAGACGGCAUGCUCUCUUCGAGCGACUGUACCGAUGGUGUAUUCCAUGAUUUCUCAAACAACAACAGCAGCAACGCCAGUGCGCAGGACUUGAAGCGGACGAGACAAUACAAGCAAACCCGGCAGAGAGUGCGGCAAAACGACGCAAAAGCAUUGUUGAAAUUAGCCCCCGGCGCCCGAAGUAUCAUAUUCAUGCCCUUAUGGGAUUCGCACAAGAAACGCUGGUACUCGGGGUGCAUUGCCUGGACGCUAAUCCCACAGCGUAUAUUCAGUCUAGGCGAUGAGCUUACCUUCUUUUUCGGCCUUGGGAAUAGUGUCAUGGCAGAAGUCCAUCGCCUGGGAGCAGAAUACGCCGAGCAUGCUAAGUCGGAUCUGCUCUCCAGUCUCAGCCACGAACUAAGGUCUCCGUUGCACGGGGUGUUUGGCACUGUCGAGCUAUUGAGUGAUACUACGUUGUCUGCUUCUCAGUAUUCGAUGAUGCAUGCAAUAAAUUCCUGUGCUAGCACGUUGCUCGAUACGAUUGACCACCUUCUCGAUUACGCCCGUAUCAAUCGAUUUCAACAACCAAACCGAGACCCUACGUCAGGUUAUGUUGGCCGUGAUUUAUCAUCUGCUGACCAAUCGAAGAUCACGACUACCACGAGUAACCCAGUGGCCAAAGAUGUCUCGGACGCCUUCACCGCGAUACAACUGGACUCCAUCCUAGAGCAGGUUGUAGAAAGCGUCUUUGCAGGUUAUGCAUUUCUACAGGACCCAAGUAGCCCUUAUCGAAAACCACCUACGCCAAUGGGUAUCUUUCCGAGGAGCCGUGUACAGGCCGAUUAUUCGGCAGGGAAAGUGAAAGUGAUACUGAUUCUCGAAAACGCUAGCAGUUGGAGGUUCUUAACCGACGCAGGCAAGUGGCGCAUUAUCGUGCUGAACAUUCUCGGAAACGCCCUCAAGUUCACGUCAAGCGGAUACGUCUGUGUCACCUUAGACGCUUGUCCUUUGGUCGAUGACCAAUAUGACCCUGGCAAGCCUGAAGAAUCUCAGGUCACUCUCACCGUGGAGGAUACCGGAGUUGGCAUUUCCAAACGAUACGCACGAGAGGAACUGUUUACAGCAUUUUCCCAGGAAAACGCCCUGUCCAGUGGCAACGGCCUUGGUCUACAUGUUACUCGACGCACAGUUCUAUCCCUAGGCGGAGAAAUCAAGGUCAGUUCCCAGAAAGGCGUGGGCACAAAAGUCGUGACGAAAUUGAACCUCCAACGACCCCCAGAGUUCGCGCCCCCAGGUGCUCUAGGCAUGAACACAGUGGACGCAACUCGAGAAAUCACACAGGGCAAAUCAAUCGCCAUACUGCGACCAGGAUGGAACAAAGCGGAAGAGGUCCUCUGCUCGUCACUAAGCAAGAUAUGUCGAAAUGGGCUUGGCAUGAAUGCACACAUCUACAUAGUCGACGGAAAUCUCAAUACGGAAAAGCAUCUGCCUCGGUGUGAUUACUACAUUGUCACGCGGGAGGAUAUGAAUGUGCCGUCUAUCACGCCCGGCCCUGGCGAGCAUAUCGCUCCCCCGGUUAUUAUCCUUUGCUCAUCGCCUGCAAAUGCAAGUCGCAUGUACGCCGCUACACCGAUAGGAGACAAUACAAACGUGAUCGAGUAUAUCAGCCAGCCAUGCGGACCACACAAACUAGCGAAGACUUUGAAACUGUGCAGCUCGAACCAACAGAUGAAGCGCGAAUCUGCUGAUGAACAGAAAAUUCUACCUAUCCAGCCCGCGAUACCAAGUCCCAAAGCGGUGUUCAUGAGCCAGGAGCAAUACACAAGGCCCCUUAAGCUCCCUGAAGUGAGAAUCCCUCAGACCUCACCGCCGUAUCCUACUCCGUUAUCACCAACCCAGACCAAUCCGGAUCCAAUCCUCACAUCACAAACAGUACUAAUCGUAGACGACAACGAAAUUAACGUGCAGAUCCUGGUCGCAUUCAUGAAAAAGCUCGCCUAUGAAUACGUGGUAGCACGGAAUGGACUCGAGGCCUUGGACACAUUCAAAGCAGACCCGGCCAGAUUCAAACUGAUCUUGAUGGACAUCUCCAUGCCAGUAAUGAACGGUCUCGAUUCUACAAAGCACAUACGCGACUUCGAGCGACAGAAACAGCUCGAAAACCCUCAAUUAAGAAGACCCGUGACUAUAGUCGCCCUGACUGGUCUUGGACAACCGGAUAUCCAACGCGACGCUAUCGGGUCUGGGAUGGAUCUGUUCUUGACGAAGCCAGCACCGUUGAAGAAGUUGGCGAGGGUCAUUGAGAAUGCAGACUCUUUUACGAGCGCGGGCUUUGGUUUUGAUGAUUUUGACAUGGCUCAUCAGGAAUAAUCUUGUUUGUUUUUAUUCAUUUGAUACCCUAAGUAUGAUUAUGGUUCUUUCAAGGUUGAAGUUUUUGAGUAUUGUAUAUUAGCCAGACUGAUAUUAAAAUAGUGAAUACGGAAUGCUCUAGACCGC